CUUGGCAUCUAUCUGCAUCUGCCAUCAAUCCGGAGUCAUGGACGCUGGAACGAUGUAAGCGUCAGGCGACCAUCAAUGUGAGGCGCACCGUCCCCUGAAGUCACCCAUCUCGCCUUUGUUUGAGACGCCUAGCUCUCCUCGAUGGGAAAGAAGAGGAAGAGACCCGUCAAGGGUGAUCGUGCACAGGACAACUCGUCCCAGACAGAUGUCACUACAGCACCCACUUGUUUCAGGAACCAGAGCGGCCUCUCCCCUGAUCAUCCUGCAGAGCACUCUCAUCCGGUCAUAUCCUUAUACUAUCCCCAGGUUGUGACACUGCGGCAAUACCUUUUGCGGCAGAUAUCGACGUCCUCCAGUGACGAUCGCUCGGAGACCCAACUUCGAGGACUUGCCAAUUUACUCGACUCAACCCUAGUGGGGAUAUUGAAGGAGUCGCCUCCCACGUGCAAUCAGGAACGACGACAGGAAUUUGUCGCAUUCACACAGUCACAGUCUAGGUCUGGACUCACCAGCACAGACACUGGGCCACCAUGUGCGCAAGCAGAGGUAAGACCUGUCGACUUUACUACCAAGCUUCCUCCUCGACUAUGGGGUUGUCGGUUCAGAGGUCUGAUGUGCUCUCCCACCUAUUACCAUCGGUGUUUGAUUUGGGACGGUAUCUGGGUUUCGUCACAGCACCUUAUCUGUCCUGGUAACCGCUAACGGUAUAGUGUAGAUAGUGGAUUUUGUUGUGUCGUCUCUCUUCAAACGCUACGGCUUCUCCCGUCAGAAUCAAAGUCAUUUGUUGAUCCGGGGCUUUACAUGUGCGAGUGAGGGAGACAAGAAU